GCGCACAUCGCCAUUAUUGACUACAACGUGCCAAUGCAUGCAAGGACCGAGAACGUUGGCGAACAGUUAAUUCAUCGUGAACAAAUAUCGUCAAUUCCAGCCAAAUUGUUCAUUUUAUGAUUUGACAUCAUCCAACAAACUCCUCAGAGAUAACUGCUACUUACCAGCAUCAAGACUGUUAACUUGAACAAUUGAAAGGUUGUCUGUUUCACACGGCAGUACAACUUUUAAUUCACCAUUCGUUGGAAGUUCUCAACCAUGUGGCAUUAUUUCAACACUAGCCAUGGAUCCACCGGGUAACUUCUGCAUGUACAACGACUCUGAAUAUUUCGUCGACAAAAGCCUCCAGAAACCGGACGAGGUAUUUCUUUUCGGAGGUGAGGACAAUUCUAUGAAUUUUGGUGGACUUGCCGAUUACACCGGCCUAUUCGAGAACGAGAAUUCCAUUGACUUAAACGCUUACAUCAACCCAUCUGGCUCUACAGACAACUUCAUGCAGUUGUCUGAAUUGCUGCCAUCUUCUCCACCUAAGUCGACAAUUCUGAGUGAGCUACCCCCACCCUUGAUCCGCCCCGAAGAGGCUGUGUCUACAAAUUCACAGUCUUACCUGCUUAGUACAGCACCAUCUGACACGGUGGCUGAUUUGUCAGACCCAAUGCCCUCAUCUCGACCCCAAUUCAUGCCUCAACACCGAGCCCCGACGGAGGAAUCGGCCGCCCUGCAGGUGAAGGCGGAGCCCCAGGAGCAAGUCGAGCCUGCCUCUGGCUAUCUCUACGGAGACGAAAUCGACGAGGAGUACGACGACGACGACUCCAGCACAUACACAAGUGGCCCAUCCAGACCUACGACGCCUGUCCUGCCAAGCCCUUCGCAACGAGGCCGUAAACCAACACCAGGAAGAAAGAGCAGUUCCAAAUCCAGUCCGAGCAAGAGAGUUCGUUUCAUUGCAGAUAAAGAAUCGGACGAGUACAGAGAGAAGAGGUUCAAGAACAAUAUCGCAGUUCGCCGUAGCAGGGAGAAGAGCAAGGAGAAGUCUGCUCAGCUUCAGGGCAAGGUUACCGAACUAACGACCGAAAACGAACGACUCAACAAACGUGUGGAACUUUUGACUAAAGAAUUGACUGUUCUGAAGAGCCUGUUCACGAAUGUGGGCAAGACCGCUCCCCCUAGCCUGUCCAUGGUUACCAACAUGUGAAUAUAACACUAACAGUAGCUGUCAUAUUCCUGAAGACAAAGAGCUCGGGCAAAAGUUAAAGCCCAAAGUUGGGUUGAAUGUUUAUGGUUAUAUCAUAAGCACUGUUAUAGGAUGUUGGUUUCUAGCUGGGUGGAGCUGCAGUUGCCUUGGCACAGGGUGUUUGUACAGUAGACGAGCACUUGCUAGUCGUUAUGUUAAUAGUACUGCACCUUCAGUAUGUAAAAUUGACAAGUGUAAUGACUCUGUACGAGCGCCAUGUAGCUGUAGCACUAGGAGUAGUAAUACAACAUGUUGCAUUAGAAAAGCCGCAAAACCUAAUUUCAGGGUAAAAGACGAAUGUCAUGUAGUGUCCGUAUACUUACUGAACGUAGGGUUUUGUCACAGCUUUUGUUUGCACAGAUUUUCAUUAUUGGGAAAAUUUUGUUUGUUUGAAUUUUGCCGUCAUAGUUUCCACAUUUCUAGGUUUCUUCUUAAGUAUUUUAAGUAUUUCAAAGGUAGUGGUGUACGGAUAUGAAGGUGAUAUUUAGGUAACUUAAAUAACUAGUGUAUAAAUUGAAUAUGUUGCCAAACUAAUGCCUGUAUUGUUCCAAUGGCUUGGGAGAUUUUCCCACAAAAAUACAAUUUUGUGUGUUUUAAAUUUUUUAUUCUGAAUGUAAAUUACAAAUACAGAUAUUUAUUGGUUUGUAUGACUGUCAUAUUGUAUUACUAUUAGCUUCUAAAGAUUUUUCAAAACUAAUCAAAAUGUAUGAACAAAAUCUUACAUUUGAGAUGGAAACGAAUAUCUCGGUAUAAAUUUUAGUUCAAUUAUGAGAAGAGAAAAAAAACAUGUUCCACCAAUUUGGUCACUCAGAAAGCUGUAUGCUUAAAACCAAACUACAAUAUAAAGUUGGCGACAUGACAGUGUCUUAGAAUACAAUCUCUUUUUGCAUACUGUACAUUGUAAGACUAAGAGCUAUUGCAGUAUUACUAUCACUAGUAAAAGGUGUAAAGAAAAUCUAAACGGCGAAUUUCUUAAGUGCCAUGAGACACUGAAGGACUGUACAAGUCUAAUUUACAAGCUCAUCACAAUAUUAGCAAGUGAUUUUCUCUGCAUAAACAUUGCAAAAUGCUAGACAAAGUUGCUACUCAAGAAAUCAAUGCUACUCGAAAUAUUAAUCAUUGCUAAUGCUACUCAAAAUAGCACCUAAUGUCUGUGGAACGUGUUUGCUUAUACUUUGUUGUAUGCAAAAUUGAUAGACACUACAGGAUAAAAUCUUCCAAGAAAUUGCCACUUCAAUUUUACAGAAUUGUAUGGGUAAAAAAUAUUUGCCAUGGGUAUUUUAAUUGAUAUUGAUUGAACACUUAAAUGUUCUUUCAACAAGUAAAAUUAAUUCACAUUAUAAAGUGACAAUGGUUUGUACUUUGUGUUAAAAGUAAAGCUCCCUUUCAUGAAAACAUUUUUUUCCAAAAAGUAGGGGCCAAGAAUACAUGUUCUGGGAACUGCAUUUAUUAAGAACCGUACAAUUCCUAUUCGCUUUAGUUAGUAACAUGACAAUACCCCAAUGGUGAGUCACUGAGGUGGGUUAAAGUCCCAUAUAUUAAAUUUUCAUAUCAAUGAACACAGCUAGCUUGCUGGAACCAGUUCAAACCAGUUCCAAUCUUCAAUGUAGGCGAUAGGGCUUUGGCUUAUUGCGUGUGCCCAUAAAAGGUAUUCCCAUGAAGCCAUUGUUGACUGAACUUCUUUCAUCAAGAAGGUUGAUUUGAACUUGAACUUUGGAGUGUUUUUGACCCUACAUUGUGAAGUUUUUAAAUCUGAUUUGAUUGCAGAAAAGUUGAAUAUAUUCAGUCUAUUGUCUGUAACACUGCCGACUUGGGUUUAUUUUAUUUUUUAAAGAUUAAUGGUUCAUGUAAAACUAACUCUUAAUUGGAAAUCACUUCUAUGUCAAACGAUGAGGAAAAGAAUCAGUGUGUGGAAUAAAUGAGGAGAAAGAUUGCAAA